UCAAAUUUUUGGAGUUAUCAAACUUAUCAAAGCAACCAAGCAAGAAUUUUGUUUAUUUGUUUCCAAUAUUCUAAAACUUCUUGUCUAAAAUGAGUGAUUCAGAUGAUAAAUCUGAGAAGAAACCCAUUGUAAUAAAAAAUGCAACUGAUUUACAACGACUUAAGUUAGAAAAACUAAUGAAAAAUCCCGAUAAGCCGGUGGUAAUCCCAGAACCACCGAAAUCUAAAUCGUUAGCUCCACCGCCAGACUUUGUCCGUAAUGUAAUGGGUUCUAGUGCUGGCGCUGGCUCGGGUGAAUUUCACGUAUACCGUCAUUUAAGGCGAAAAGAAUACGCAAGGCAGAAAUUUAUACAGGAGAAAAGUGAAAAGGAAAAACUUGAUGACGAAUAUCAUCAGAAAAUAGAACAAAACCGGAGAGCAGCUGAGGAGAGAACAGCAAAGAAAAGAGCCAAAAGAUUAAAGAAAAAGAAAAUGGCUAAACUAAAAGCAAAGAAGCCAAAGACAGAUAAUAGCCAGAAUCCUUCAUCUCAGUCUGAUUCCAGCGAAGAAGAGGAUGAUAACAAGGAACCAAAUGAGAUAAACACAGAAAAAUCUACAGAAGUUAAAUGUGAUGACAAUAGUUCAUGAUUCUACAUAAUAAUAAGUGUCUAGUAAAUAAGAAAAUACAUAAAUGUACAAA